GCAUAUACGAAAGAAGGCCCUUAAGCCAUGAAAUUCUCAGAGGUACUCCAUAUAUUGCCAGACAUUCUCCUUGAUAACUUGAUUAAUUCAGGGCCUUUAUCAGAAGCACAAACAGCAGUAGGAUUAGAAGUAUCAAUGCCAUGCGAUUUAACACCCGGCAAUACAAUUCCUGACACAACGGAUAAAGUAACACUUGUCAUUUGGUAUAAAGAAGGGCUUGUAAAACCAAUAUAUUCUUUUGAUGCUAGAGGGAAACCAUAUCAAGAUGCUUCACAUUGGCAAGAUCCACAAAUUUUAAAACAAAAAGCAAGAUUUUAUUAUGAUAGUAAUCCACCAGCUUUACGUAUACGAGAUGUCCAACGAGAAGAUGCUGGAUUAUAUAGAUGUAGAGUUGAUUUUCACCGUUCGCCAACAAGAAAUUGGAGAAUUAACGUAACCGUUCUAGUUCCACCGAAAACUUUAACUAUACUUGAUACUUAUGGUGCAGCAGUAACUGAAAAUGUUGUCGGACCAUAUGAUGAAGGAGCAAAUAUAAAUUUAACUUGUAUAUCAAGUGGCGGUAUACCACCGCCUAGAGUAUCAUGGUGGAAAGAACAUGCUCUUCUUGAUGAUGGAUAUCAAGUUUUACCGGAUGGAACUGUACGAAAUAUACUUCAUUUAUCAAAUAUUUCGAGGAAGGAUUUAAUGACGGUAUUUACUUGUCAAGCUACAAAUGGACAUGUUGUAGCCCCACUUUCAAAUGCUGUUAAAUUAGAUAUGAAUCUUCCACCACUUUAUGUAAGACUACAAGGGUUAAAUCAUCCUCUUGCGGCUGGAGUCCGAACUCAAAUAACGUGUACAUCUGCUGGAGCACGUCCCCCACCGCAAAUUGUUUGGAAUAAAGGUGGUAUUAUUAUGCGUGGUGCCACACAAUCGACGUCCCAAGAUGGAAAUGUUACCGUCUCAGAAUUAGUUUUUAUACCUGUUCCUGAAGACAAUGAAAAACAAAUUAUAUGCUCUGUUACUUCUGAUUUUCAAAAUCAAUGGAAUGUUGGUGGUAUUGACAAAAUGAAUCAUUUAGAUAAUAAUGUUGCAGCAGCAAUAUUUCUUAAAGAUUCAAGAACUUUAGAUGUUAAACAUGCUCCGAUCGUUUCCCUGAAUUUAGGUGCGCCUCUUGAUCCAAGUAAUUUAAUGAAAGGAUCUGAUGUUUAUUUGGAAUGUGAUAUAAAAUCUAAUCCUCCAGCAAAAAAAGUUGAAUGGUAUCACAAUGAUAAACAAUUGCAUUCUUCUCGAGGCAUUAUAAUAUCAAACCAAACACUGGUCCUUCAAGGAAUUUCUAAAAUAACACAUGGUCAAUAUUUUUGUAGAGCAUCAAAUAUUCAAGGCACUGUAUCAAGUAAUGAAGUUUAUUUAGAUGUUAAAUAUCCACCAGUUUGUAGAACUGAUUCAACAAUAAUUCGAGCUGCAUUGAAACAAAUCGUAAAUAUUACAUGUGAUGUUGAUUCAAAUCCACAAAAUAAUUUAAGUUAUAAGUGGAGUUUUAAUAAUUCUUUGGAAUCAAUUAUUGAAUUACCACCAAUAUUACGAUAUUCAAAUCGAAUUUUAUCUUCAAGUGAUAAUAUCAAUGAUAUUGGAUUACCUGAUUCAGAGGAUAUGUUAGAUGAUGAUUCAAAUACAUAUUUAGAUGAAAAACAAAUGAUGGAACAACAUGAUAAAAUAGGACCUAAAUCACAAAUGGUUUAUUCAAAUUUAGUUCAUCAACAGCAAUUAGAUAAAUUAAGAAAGCAACAACAACAGCAACAACAUUUUCAAUUAUAUCAAAAUCAACAAAGAUCAAAAGCAUAUCAAAUGAAUCAUAAUUAUCAUAAUACUGCCAAUAAUAAUAAUAAUAUGGAUCAAGAUAAAUUUAAUAAAAAUAAUCAAAAUUCAUAUAAUUUAGAAAAUUUAUAUCGGUAUCGUGUUGAAUCUUUUACACAUUUUGGUACUGUUUCUUGUAUUGCAAGUAAUACAGUUGGUCAAAGUCAACCAUGUUUAUAUCAUAUCACACCAGCUGAAUUACCAGAUCCUGUUAAAAAUUGUACAGCAUAUAAUGCAACAGCAAAUUCAAUUCAUUUAGUUUGUAUACCUGGUAAUGAUGGAGGUAUACAACAACAUUUUCAUGUUGAAGUAUACGAUGAAUUAAAUCGUCAAAUUUUAUAUAAUACAAGUUAUAAAUAUCCUGAAUUUACUAUAAAACGUUUGCCAAGUGAUUCUGUAUUUGUUAUACGGGUGAUGGCAUAUAAUUUACAAGGAUUUAGUAAUCGAGCAUACAGACUGAGAGCAAAAACAUUAUCAGCUCCACUUUUAAGAACAGCAUCAUCAACAGCUGUUCUAGUACAAUUAACACCAUUAUUGGGUGCAUUAGUUGGUAUUGUAAUAACAUUAAUAUUAGUUUCAACAUGUGUAGUUCUUAUUAUUAAAUUUCGUACAAAAAAUCAUAAUCGAAGACCACGUAAUCAUUCGAGAAAUGAUACAACAACAACUGAAGCUGAUAAAGGUAGUGCUGAACCAUUAAGCCGUAAUAUGGGUAGUCAUUCUAGUUUAGAAGAUAAAAAUCCAGAUGUAAUACCACAAGAAAAUAGUGAAGAUGAAUAUCAUUUAGAAGAGAAAGUAUUUAAUCGUAUGGAUUUUGAUUCAAAAAGAAAUUUAUAUACAACACCAAGAUUAAAUUCAACAUCACCGACACCAUUAUCACCAACAUUUGCUAAACAGUAUGGAGAAUUAUCUCUAACAACUAAUCCAUCAUAUGCUCUAUAUAAUUCACCACAGAGACCACCAGCAACACAAAGACCAGUUUAUACAGAUCCACCAGAAUUAUCAUCACCACGUUCCCAAUGUAAUAUUUAUACAAAAGUGCCAUCAAAAACAUCAUUUUUACAAACAGCAACAUAUGAUACAAGAUUAGCAUCACCAACAUCACCAUUUGAACAAACAACAAUACCAUCAAUUGGAACAGGACCUACACAACAAACAACAAUACCAUGUACAUAUUCAUCAUUAAGCAGACAAACAAAACCUACAUCAAAUUAUAAAAGUUUAACAUUAAAUGUACCAACAUCAGCAACAUUAUCAAAAGGUUUUAAAAAUGGUACAAAUAAUAUUGUUGGCGGUAAUAAUAUAUCAAAUAUGAUAAGUUCAACUGGUCCAAAAGGUAUUAUUACAACAUCAACACCAGUAUCAACACAAUCAACAGCAGCUAUACUUAAAUCACCAUAUCAAAUGUCAACAACAACAACAUUAUUAAUUGAUAAAGCUGAUAGUAUAUUAGGAAAUUAUGAAGAGAAUUCCUGAGGUUUACCUUAUGAUGACAUUAAUAAAUGUCAAUUAGUAUGUAUUCGUGGUAAUAAUUCGAAUAUAUGUACUAGUUCAACAGAACGAACAACAAUCGUUUAGUAUUAGCAAAAUAUUAUUAAUAAAAAUAAUAAUUUACA